UGUCGACAUUAGUAUAAAGACGAAACUCAUCAUGAAAACUUGUAUAGCUGUGGUAAUCGCUCUCGCCUGUGUGUAUAACAAAAUCGUGGUACAAGCCGAUAGGGGGCAGUUGUAUCAGACAUCAAAAAAUGUCACAUAUUUCAUUAAUCAAGACUAUGCGUACACCUGGUAUGAAGCAUUUUUAGAAUGCAGCUUUCGCAAUAUGACUUUGUUAUCUCUGGAAAGGGACGAAAAGAUUGAUGAACUGUUACAAGUCAUCAAUAAACAUAAAUUUUCGAAAAAACCUCCUCAUCUUUGGACUGGCGGCAUUGGUUCCAAUCGAAAAUUUGUCUGGAGCAAUACGGGUAGGCCAAUUGUAUCUCGUCUUUGGGGUCCUGGAAAUCCCGAUAACUCUGCCAAUAUGGAAAAUUGUGUACAGAUUUAUGAAAAUACCAAACACUUGAACGACAUCAAAUGUGUGGAGAAAUUUGGCUUUGUGUGUGAAAUGACACAGUGCAAUCUUGAUGUGGCUAAAGCAUGCGAUCCAGAGAAAACCGAAAGCAGGCGUAUUGAGAAAUACAGUGGUUUUGUGUUUAAUUUUAAUCAAGGCAAAUGAAAAAAUAAACAUAUUGAAAUGGAAAUGAAAUAUUUAAAUGCCGCAGGACCCAACAUCACACAGUGGCAAGAGAAUGAAA